GGCAAUAACUCUCCUCAUGAUUGUUUAUUUGUUUGAUAUAACAUGUCAACACGUCCAACAACGCUGGCCUUCUCCUGCCUCUAAAUGGGCGCACUGUAGAGUCAUUUAAGCCACUCCGAUGUAAAAAUCUCACCUCUUCUCUGUUGGAAAUGCUGCAGUGAUGGACAAGACGCGCAUUAAACAGUGCGUUGCUCUCGUCCAAUCAGAGAGUAGCGGGAUAAUUAGCGGACCAAUCAGAGCGCGGUGCGCAGCCCGAGGGGGCGGGGCUUACUGUGUGCUGGAAUGCUGCCUCUCUGGGAAUGUUUUCCACUUUCAAUCACUUUUUUUUUCUCCCAGUCCUCCUCACAAGGCGCUCUUUAAGCUCCGGUGUUGCCACACAGAGCAGCCAUUCAUCGGCUCUACAGUCAGCCACACACACUCCCAAUGUUGAACCACUGGACAUCUAAAUUGGUGUAACUACUUUUUGCUGAAUCGGAUUUGCAGCCGACGGUGGAAAAGGAUUUGGACACUUUUUACGCAUCAGUAUGGCUUUGCCUGAGAAGAGUCAGCAAUAACUGGAACAGACGUCUUAUUCAGAAAAUAAUUAAUUAAAACUGAAUAGUUUGGACUCUCUCUUUAAAAAAAAAAUCAUUUGACAUUCAUUGGUUGUCUUCUUAUUAGUUGAAAGUUAAAAAAAAAAAAAAAAAAAAAAAUGUCCGGUGAGGAUCACAGCCUGUCCGAGGCGGAACUGAGUCCCGGAGGUUCAGACGACGGUCACUCUCUGUCACCGACUCAACCCGGAGCUCCUCCACCCGGCCAGGAGUCACCUCUGAGCGGACCUCCGCCGCAGCUCACCUCGCUCUGCGCCGCGGACGGCAGCGAGGAGGAUGGAGAUGGAGAGGGAGGCGACGUGGCCAAAUCGGAGAUAGAAGACGAUCGAUUCCCGAUUGGCAUCAGAGAAGCGGUCAGUCAGGUGCUGGACGGAUACGACUGGACUCUCGUGCCCAUGCCGGUGCGCGUUAACAACGGAAACAAAGCGAAGCCCCACGUGAAGAGGCCCAUGAACGCCUUCAUGGUUUGGGCUCAAGCUGCGAGGAGGAAACUGGCCGAUCAGUAUCCACACCUGCACAACGCCGAGCUCAGCAAGACUCUGGGCAAACUGUGGAGGCUGCUGAAUGAGAGCGACAAGAGGCCAUUCAUCGAGGAGGCGGAGAGGCUGAGGAAGCAGCACAAGAAGGACUACCCGGAGUACAAGUACCAGCCCAGGAGACGCAAAAACGGCAAACUAGCUACUACUGGUGACGCGGACAGCCAGGGGGAAGGGGAGGCCAGCCACUCCCAGUCCCACUACAAGACCCUGCAUCUGGAGCACAACGGCGGGGCUGGGUCUCCACUGGGUGACCUGCACCACCACCACCAUCACCACCACCAUCCUGCUGGUCAGGGUCACAGCCCGCCCACACCUCCCACCACCCCAAAGACAGAGCUCCAGUCUGGGAAACUGUCAGAUGCCAAGAGGGAGGGGGCAGCAGGAGCGGCCGGAGGAUCAGGGGGGUCCAGGGGAGGCCUCGGGGUCGGAGCUGAGGGGGCAUCCGGCGGUCCGUCAUCAUCGAGCGCUAAACCCCACAUCGACUUUGGCACCAUGGACAUCGGCGAGAUCAGCCACGAGGUGAUGUCCAACAUCGAGCCGUUUGACGUGAACGAGUUCGACCAGUACCUUCCUCCGAACGGCCACCCGCAGAGCGCAACCGGGGCCUCUGCGGCCGGAUCCUCGGCCUCGUCUUACGCCUACGCCCUGGCUGCUGCUAGUGGGCACUCCGCGUGGCUCUCCAAACAGCAGCAGCAGCAGCCCCAAGCCUCUCCGUCGUCCUCCGACCCCUCCAAGGCCCAGAUCAAGAGCGAGUCUGCGGCCGGGAGCCACUACGCCGAGGCCUCGUCCUCUCCCUCCUCAGGCACCCAUGUCACUUACACCCCGCUCAGCCUCCCCCAUUAUGGCUCUGCUUUCCCCUCGCUGGCCUCCAGGGCUCAGUUCGAGUACGGAGAGCACCAGGCCCCCGGGGCGUACUAUGCCCACUCCAGCCAGGCCCCGGGGCUGUAUUCAGCCUUCUCCUACAUGGGCCCUACACAGAGGCCUCUGUACACUACCAUCGGAGACCCCUCCAGCGUGGCCCCCUCUCACAGCCCCACGCACUGGGAGCAGCCUGUUUACACCACACUCACAAGACCUUGAGGGAGACCAGCUGAGCAGAGGGAAAUAUGGGAAGUGUGUGAGUGGAUCUGUGUGUCUGUGGGUGCGCAAAUAUGUGAGCGUGUGAUUGUGUAUGUGUGUUUGUGUGUGUGCGCCCGUGCCAUAUUGAUGUUACAUUAGAGGUUUUUACUUUUUUAGCCAAUAUAAUGCAAGACGCAUCCACGGGGCCUUACAGAGUAAAAACAAAAAAAAAACAGCCACAAACUCACACAAUAUAAAGUGUGAAUCAACUGCCAAUCAGAAAUGAAAUUAACAAACGUGUGCCAUCAUAAAAUUGUAUAAGUUGG